AUGUACCCGACGCCUACGCGAGCUCUCAGGUUGGGCAAGGCUGGGUGGAAGGACGAAGCAAAGAUCUUGAGGGAUAGGCUGGCGCUCUUCUCCAACGCGGAGUCCCUGCACGUCUCCCAUAUCUUCGACUUAUCGGACCAGCAGUUGGAGAAUGCAUUGGACAAGAUGGCUGCCCAUAACAUCCUGUUGCCACCUGACGUACACAAGAGCAUGCUGACCAGGGCCCGCAACGAUCUUGUCAAGCUCAAGGUCGACGAGUACAUGGCCAAGCAGUUCAUCGAGCUUGUUUUCCCUUGGGCUGGGGCCCGGAACGACAAUGGUGAGACCUACGACGUCAAAGCUCCGAAGGCUUCGCUGUGCACCACGGUGGAUAUGAACUGGAAGCUGCACUUCUUCCAAACGUCGGUUGCGAAGCGCGUCCUUGUGCCACUCAUCAACAACGGCGAGGGCGGCGUGGCUGCGCUGCAGGCCUUCCUUGGGUUCGUAGACCCCUUGGCCGCGCACGUCGCGGAUGCGGGCACCGAG